UUUAAUUAUUUGAAAUUGCAAAUCAAAAUCUAUAAAAUCAUAUAAAAAAAUAUUCAACAACUUUAAUGCUUUUUUCUAAAUUUAAAAAUUCAAUGUAACUAUAUUACAACUAUAUUACAAUUGUGCUUAUAUUUCAUUCAUGACAAAAAAAUUAUAUUGUAUAAAAUAUAUAUAUAUAAAAAAUUACAUACAUUCUGUGAUUGGAUAAAAAAAUGUUAUUAAAAACGAAAUUACCAGAAGUUUCAUCAUUAUUUUCCUUAAUUAUAAUUGCUGUAUUAUCUCUAUGUUUUAUUAAUAGUUACAAUGGUAAAUUUGUAUUUGAUGAUUCUGAAGCUAUUGUACAUAAUGAAGAUAUACAAACUACUCCUUUAAUAGAUAUAUUUAAAAACGAUUUUUGGGGUACAAAACUGACCCAUAAACAAAGUCAUAAAUCAUAUAGACCAUUUACAAUUUUAUCUUUUAGAUUACAUUUUUGGCUUCGUGAAAGUAUGAUAGCUCAAGAUUUUCAUAUAGUAAAUAUAAUACUUCAUGCUAUUGUUUCCAUGUUAUUGUUACCAGUAUUUAAUAUACUUUUAGACUCAAAAGAAAAAAGAACUGCAUUUUAUGCUACUGCAUUGUUUGCUGUUCAUCCAGUGCACACAGAAGCUGUUUCAGGUAUUGUAGGCCGGGCAGAAUUAUUAUGUGCUAUAUUUAUGUGGAUAUCUAUUAUAUGUUAUUAUUAUUCAAUCUAUGCAAGAAGAUUAUUAUACAGAUGGCUCAGUAUGUUUAAUUGUAUCAUAUUUAUUGCAAUUGCAAUGUUGUGCAAAGAAACAGGAAUUACCGCAAUGGGAAUUUGUUGUGUAUAUGAUAUUAUAAUAGUGAACAAAAUAUUUCCAUAUAAUAUAAUUUUAUUCUUAGUAUCAAAACCUUCUUAUGAGCAAGUAAAAACUUUUAUUAAACAAAAGCAGAAAUUGCUAAUUAGACUUUUUAUACUUUUUACAUCUGGUUUAAUACUUAUAAUCUUAAGAUUCAGUAUAAUGGGAUUUAAAGCCCCAAUUUUUCAACCUGUAGAUAAUCCAGCAUCAUUUAUGCCCAAUAUAUUUCUACGAAUGUUAAAUUAUAGUUAUAUUUAUUGUUUGAAUAUAUGGUUACUAAUAUGUCCUGAAUGGCUGUGUUUUGAUUGGUCAAUGGGCUGUGUACCUUUAAUUAAUUCUAAUGAUAAAAGAAUAAUUUUUGUUCUUUUAUUCUGGCUAAUACUUAGUGCAAUGUUCAUAUAUAGUUUUAGUUCUUAUCAAGACAAAUUUUUAAGAUGUUUAAUUAUGGGACUGACAAUGCUUGUUAUUCCAUUUCUACCAGCUAGUAAUAUUUUUUUUAAUGUUGGUUUCGUUUUAGCAGAAAGAACAUUAUACAUUCCUUCUGCUGGUUAUUGUCUUUUACUUAUUAUAGGAUUACAAAAACUUUGCAAUCAUAUUCCUAUGCAAUAUUUACUAUUAGCAUAUAUAACUUUAAUUUCAUUAUUUUUUGUGAAAUCAUGGAUAAGAAGUGACCAAUGGAGAACUGAAACCACAUUAUUUCAAUCAGCAUUAAGUGUAUGUCCAUUAAAUGCAAAAGUACAUUAUAAUAUUGCAAAAAAUGCUGCUGAUGCUGGAAACUCUACAUUAGCACAAUAUGAAUAUCAGGAAGCUUUAAGAUUAAAUCCUACAUAUGCUCAAGCUAUGAACAAUCUUGGAAAUUUACUUAAAGAUCAAGAAAAAUAUUUAGAAGCAGAGAUAUUGUUUAAAAAAGCUAUUGAAUUACAGGAAGAUUUUGCCACUGCUUGGAUGAACUUAGGCAUUGUUUUGUCGGCAUUAAAAAAAUAUGAAGAAUCGGAAAAAAGUUAUUUAACUGCUUUGACUCAUAGAAACAAAUAUCCUGAUUGUCUUUAUAAUUUGGGUGUGCUGUAUUUAGAACAAAAAGAUUAUGAUAAAGCAUUAAAAGCUUGGGAUUCUGCUAUUAAGCAAAGAAAUACACAUAAGAGAGCAUGGACCAAUAUGAUAUUACUUCUUGAUGAUUUAGGUAUGCGUGAAGAUGCACUUAAAAUAGCAAAUCAAGCUUUACAAUAUUUACCAAAUGACGCAUCUAUUUAUUUUAAUAUUGCAAAUAUAUUAGGAAAAGUAGGAAAUUUUGUAGAGGCUGAAAUAUAUUUUAAAAAUGCAAUAUCAAGAAAUCCUAAAGAUGCAAUGUUUUAUACGAAUCUAGGUGUAUUGUAUCACAGAUGGAAUAAAUUUGAUGAAGCAGAAAAUAUGUACAAAAGAGCAUUAGAAAUUAAACCAAAACUAAAUAGUGCAAAUGAAAAUUUGAGAAAAUUAUACUCUUUGAAAUCUUCAAUAAAGUAACUUAUUUUUUAAUAUAAAAAA